AAUAUAGGAAAAAGGCAAUAUUUUUCUAUAUGGUAUCAGAGCAUUGAUCCCUAAUCUCCUUUUUUUUCAGAAACCCUGACCUCGCCAUUACAAUGGGUGAGGAAAAUACUGCCGCUGCCAGCAAAGUUUCAGGCAAAGAAAGCCAAACCCAAGGCCUGCUUGCACUUGACUCUUCUUCCCCCUAUUUCCUCCAUUCCUCUUAUCAUCCAGGUUUAAACUUGGUUUCUAGUCCAUUAAAUGAGGCAAAUUACUCCACUUGGGUGAGAGCUAUGACUAAUGCUCUUCGGGCAAGGAAUAAAUUUUGCUUUGUUGAUGAAACCUUGUCUCACACUGCUCGAGAGAUAUGGAUAGAUCUAAAGGAAAGAUUUUCUCAAGAGAACGCACCUAGAAUACAUGAAUUAAAGAGGGCCUUGGCUGUCACAUAUCAGGAGAAUCUCUCUGUAGCCGCUUACUAUACCAAACUCAAAGCCAUAUGGGAUGAACUUUAUUCAUACUCUCCAAUUCCGGAUUGCACUUGUGGAGCGGCUAAGGAUUUCUUGAAGGCAAGGGAGGAGGAAAAGGUACAUCAAUUUAUUCUUGGACUUAAUGAUAAUUUUAGUAGUGUUCGAUCCCAUAUUUUGCGUACAGAACCCUUCCCAAACAUUAGCAAAGCAUAUGCCUUAGUUACACGGGAAGAAAGAGAAAUUUCUCUUUGUGCCUCACGGCCAACAAAUGUAGAAGCUGCUGCUUUCAAUGUGAGAUCACAUCCAAAUCAUCGUACAAAUCAGCUUGAUGCCAUGGGUUCAUCAUCAAAGCCUCGUGCAAAUCCAAAAUUGUGUGAUCAUUGUGGAAAGUCAAGCCAUACCAAAGAGACAUGUUACAAGUUGAUAGGAUACCCACCAAGAGAUGGAAAACAGGACAAUAAUACAAGGAUCAAGAUGGACAAUGCUGCACCUAUGAUUUCUGGACUCACUCAAGAUCAAGUGAACCAACUGAUCUCAUUACUUGGUACUGAAAAGAAGCCCUCCUUAGAUGACUUUUCUGGUAAGAAGUUCAUGAACUUGUGUGAUUGGAUAUUGGAUAGUGGUGCAUCUGAUCAUGUUAGUAGUUGAUGUUGACUCAAUGUACUCCAAGAGGGGGAUGAAUUGGAGUUCCAAAACUUUUCCCCUUUUUCAACCACAAAACCCAAAUUAAGGAGAGUAGAGAAGAAGAGCUUGCACAAUGAAUUUAUAGAGGUUCG